AUGACCGCCGCCGCCAUGCAACAACCUCCCGUUAUCCCGCCUCGUCCGGCUAAAGGCCAGGACAACAACGAGUCCGCUGCCGACGUCCCCAAGAUCCCGCCUCGUCCUUCGAAACGAUCCGACCGCUCAAUAUCUCCCAACCCUGCUCGUUUCGCUCCUUCGCCUUUCAACGAGGGCAUUCCCAAAAAGAGCCCUAUUUCUGCCCGAUUCAACCCCGGCGAUGCUCAACAGGAGCCAAUCAAGCGCCCUACCAGCGUCUCCAUGCCUUCCAUUGGCCAGGAGGGUGCUGAGUACAGCGCUGUGACCCAUGAGAUCAAGCCCGAAGAGGUUCAGGCCCCAGCACAGGAAGAAGCUGCCUCACCUGAACAGACACGUACCAUCGCUGAGGACCUCAAGCUCCAUGCUCCUAAGCCUUCUCUGCCAGCUCAAAGCGCCAAGCAGCGUGUGCAAGCUGUCACCCGUACCGACUCCGAUAAGGCAGCACAAUUCGGCAUUGGUCGCCCCGGAUCUACCCAAGCCACAAAGCAGUCAAGCACCAACGUUUCAGUUAGUGAUGGCCGCCAAGAGGUCGAUGAUGAUCACGGUAUCCCCGAAAUUGGCCAACGUGUGCCUAUGAACCCUCAUCUGGGCGAUGUCCAGGCUCCUUCGCCUGGUCCUGGUUCAGAGGAAUAUAAGAAGCACCACCACCGCAAGCACAGCUCUCGUGGUGGACCCCCAGGUAGUUACGGCCUUCACGGCCAUGGUGUUACUCCCCAAGAUAAGCUUGAUAAGGAAUACUACGAGAAGCACCCUGAGGUCCUUAAGAGGGAACAUCAGACCCCUCUGCAUGAUCGUCAGAAUGACUUUGCCAUGAGCAAGGACGACCUUAACAAGCUGGUCAGAGACACACGAUCUCGUGGCGCGGGGCUGAGCGCAUCGGGCUACCAAUCUACACCCACCGACGAGGUUGGUUUCCAAGCCACUGAAGAGUACACCUCCCGCCUUUCACCCCGCCCUGCCUCUACCAGUGAAGGCAAGGUUCAGCCUAUUUCAUUCAAGUCGGAGAUUAUCAGCCCCGAGGGUGAACACACAGUGCAUGUUGAUGACCCCAAGCACCCUGAGUAUCGGUCAUAUGGAGACGGCGAUGCUGAUGUGGAUGAGGAGCACAAGUACACUGCGCCCAUUUUGGCCGAGGACGAGGUCAAGAACGACGACCAUUCUUACAGCCAGCGACCUGCUGUUAACCCUGUUCAUGAUCGUCGUGACAGCGGCGACUUGGAUGAGCCUCUCAGCCGCCCCCUGAGCAGAACCAACCGACCCAAGAGCAGACCUACCAGUAUCUACAAGAACAACGACUCUCAAGAGUUUGCUCCCACUUCUCUGGAUGAUGUCGAGGAAUAUGAGCCACUCUUCCCCGAGGAUGGCAACAAGGAUGCCCAGAAGCCAGCACCCGGUAACAAGGCCAGACACCAUUUCCCCAGCAAGGACAUUUGGGAGGACGCACCAGAGAGCGUGCACUACACAGUAGAGGUUUCGACUCCAGACCCAACUGGGCAGGCAGAGCCAGCAGAGGAGGAGGGGGAGUCCCGACGACGACCAUCCGCUAUGGACCGUCCCAAGACCCCUGCUCAUCUCUUUGCCCAGAGACAAGAAGAGCUUGCAGAGCAAGAAGCCAACGGUCCUGUAGAUGUCCAGCCUCCAAAGAGCCAUGACAAGUCUAUCUGGUACGAAUCAAAGGAAUCGGAUUCCUUCCUCAACGACAAUAAGAGGCCUUCUAUCGGCCAGCGAUUCCCUAGUCGAGAUAUUUGGGAAGAUGCACCGGAGAGUCAGCUUUAUGAAACUACCGUUGAUUCUCCUCAGCCUCAGGUUGAGACAAAAGACGAGCCUAAGGAAGAGCCUAAGGAGCAGAGCAAGCCUGCUAUCCCCGAAAGACCGGUCAGAAAAGCAUCUCCAGACCGUCCUUCGAUUCCCGAGCGACCCAAGUCCAGGGUCGCAAACGAUGAUGCCAAGUCGAAGCCUCCUGUCUCAGAAAAGCCAAAACCUAGCAUCCCUCCCAGACCCACCAAGUCUUCUUCAGGAGAUUCGGUCGAGACCAAGCAGAAGCCCCCUGUCCCUAGCAGACCUGCUGGUAGCAAGAUUGCUGCCCUCCAGGCAGGCUUCAUGAGUGAUCUGAACAAGCGUUUGAAGUUGGGACCUCAUGUUCCACCUAAAAAGGAGGAACCCAAGGCCGAGGAGGAUUUAACGCAAGAGAAGGAGAAGGUUCCGCUCUCGGAUGCUCGCAAGGGCCGAGCCCGUGGUCCACAGCGCCGAGCUCCGGCAAGAAGCCCGGCUGCCGUUGCUACAACCGCCCCUGCCCAACCUACAGCACCCUCAUUAACAUUCUCCAUUCCCCAGACUUUCUGGUCCAUCAGUCCUGAAGGCUCUUUGUCCGUUUCUGGCGAGCAAACUCCUAUUUCUGAGCCUGUGGCUGAGCCUACAACCGAGCCCGUGUCUGAGCCUGUAAUCGAGUCCGUACCUGAGUCUGUCUCGGCACCUGAACCUGUGUCUGUACCUGAGCCUGAGCCUGCCUCAAAGGAAGAGCCAGUUGAGAAAAAGAAGGAGGAGACAGUCGAUGCACCUGCAGCACCUCAAGAAGCGCUGCCCAAGUCGGAACCCAACUUGGAGCCCAAGCCAGAAAUCCGCGGCGAGCCUGAGUCAGAAUCUGUUCCAGUGCACAGAGACCCUGAGCCUGUCGCUGGAAAACUUCCUCAGGAGGCCGAGCCCACACUCCCUGCGCAGCAGCCCGCCGUCGAACCCUCUCCGGAGCCUGCCCAGGAAGCACCCGCUCAGGAGGUGCCAGAUCAGGAACCUCAGCAUGAGCAAGAGCCCGUCCAGGUGGAGAAGAGUCUUGUUGCGAACACCGCUGGCGAGACUAUCUUGGAGACAACUGUGGAUAAGAAGGAGGGUGGUGAUGUAGUUGAACCUGUUGGAGUGUCUGAUGAAGUCAAGCAGUAA